GGCGCAGGCCGUGGCCAGUGAGACGUGGAGCGUGUGGUGGAGGGCGUGGGGAGGGCGCCGGGAACCGGACGGAGGCGUGGCCGGGGGCUGGAGCAGGCUGGCAGGGGCGCGUGCUGCUUCCCUGCUCUGUUGCCUUUCGGGGGCCGCUGGGUCCAGGAGAGGACUUUGGGCGUCAAGCCGCCGGGCCCUGGGAGGAGAGGCGAGGUACCCCAGCUUGCUAAAUAAGAACCUGCUGCACCUGCCCCUUGGGAUUAAGGAGGGCUCUUGAUUGGCUCCUGGCUGUUCCCCGGGUCUGUCUCUUGUCUUGACUUCGGGUUCAUUUCCUGCGGCUUCUGCUUGCCUUAAAGCCUCCCCCCUCUCUUUUGUUGUUGUAUUUGAAAGGCAGAGCUACAGAGAGGUCUUCCAUCCACUGGUUCACUCCCCAGAUGGCUACCACGGUGGCUGGGGCUGUGCUGGGAUUCGCACGUGGGUGCCCGGGCCCAGGCACUUGGGUCAUCUGGUGCUUUUCCCAGGCCAUUAGCAGGGAGCUGGAUCGGAAGUGGAGCAGCCAGGACUCACACCGAGGCCCGUGCCAGCAUCUCAGGCAGCAGCUUUACCCACUCUGCCACAAGGCGGGCCCCAACAGUGGGUACACUUGAUCACUCCGACCUUUAACUACUUUUUUUUUUCUUUUGCCUUCUGAGUUUUUAUCACUGUUGCAACAGAGUAGCACGGAGCUCUGCAGGAAACUACACCUGCUUUAGUAGAAGUCCAGUGCUGUUCUCCCCAGCCUAGAAUCAGAGUGGCAGCAAGGCUGGACUGGACACUCUGGGGAGAAUCCAGCUCCCUGCAGGUCCCCGUCUCCUUGCUGGCUGUCACCUUUUUAUUUAUUUAUAAAUAAAGAGGCCACCCUUUUUAUUUAUCUAUUUGUUUAUUUAUUUAUUUUAAGAUUUAUAUAUUUAUUUGAGAGGCAGAGUUAGAGAGGGAGAGGCAGAAAGAGAGAGGUCUUCCAUCUGCUGGCUCACUCCCCAAAUGGUCACAAUGGGCAGAGCUAGGACCAUGCGAAGCCAGGAGCCAGGAGCUUCUUCCAGGUUUCCCACGUGGGCCCAAGGACUUGGGCCAUCUUCCUCUGCUUUCCCAGGCCAUAGCAGAGAGCUGGAUCGGAAGUGGGGCAGCUGGGACUCGAACCAAUGCCCUUGUGGGAUGCUGGCACUGCAGGUGGCGGCUUUACCUGCUAUGCCACAGCGCCAGCCCCUAUUUUGAAAGAGUUACAGAGAAAGAACGAGACAGAGAUCUCCCAUCUGCUGGUUUACUCCUCAGAUGGCCACAGUGGCCAGUGCUGGGUCCCAAGCACUUGGGCCAUCAGCUGGGAGCUGGAUUAGAAGCAAGGCAGCUGGGACAUGAGCUAGCACCCAUAUGGGAUGCUGGCAUCACAGGUGCAGUUGUACCUGCUACCCCACAAUGCCGGCCCCUUGAAGUGUGAUUCCUGUGGGGGGGGGGCAGGGCGGCCUCUUACUGAACCUCUAUCCUCUCUGUUCAAUGCCUGACAUUGAAACCUCAGGACAUGAGACUGGAGGGGUUGACAGGGAAAGCCAGCAUUCGUGGGCGCUACUGGAGGGCUUCUGAGAGAGGAAUGCGGUCUGAUUUGGGGGUGCAUGUAAUUUAAUUUUUAUUUGCAGAGCAGAAAUACAAAGAGGCAGUUUCCAUACGCUGGUUCCUUCCUCCAGCGUCUGCAGUGGCUGGUGCUGAAGCCAGGAGACUGGAACUCAAUCCAGGUCUCCCACACGGGCGACUUGGACAUCACCACUGUCUCCCGGGAAGCUGGGGCUGGGGUUCGAAGCCAGGCGGUCCAGUGUGGCACGUGGGCAUCUUCCUGCUGGGAUCAACCCCUGCCCGCGUGAACUUUCUGAAGAACCCUCCUGUCUCUCACCUGCCAAGCCUUUCCAGCCUCAGGGCCUUUGCACGCACAGCCUUUGCAGUGUCUGCCUGCUUUGCACCCUUUAGGUGUUAACUCCGCCACUUUUUCAGGCGGUCCCUCACCUCCCCCUCCCUCUCACCCCGCUUACUUCCUGCACGGGACUUACCUAGAUAAUGCCAGCCCUGCCCUCGCUGUAUUCUCCACUUCCAAGGGACAGGGCCUCUGUCUCAUUCUCUGCCGACUCUUGGCACUCAGCUUGGUGCUUGACACGUUGCGGAUCCCACCUGCCUACCUUAGACCUGGGGCUUGCCUGUCGCUGGCCAACAGAGGCCUGCUGGGACCGCGGUCUGCCGUUCUAGAACGCUCUGUUUCUAAACACUUCUGAGAACCUCUCCCACCAGGUUGUCGGGUGUGGACGGCAGGCCCUGCCCCUCUGCCGGCGCCCCUCCCCCUCCCCCAGCCCCGGCCAAGGCCAGCAGCCGAAUGUCGCACUUAUCAGAGCGGGCCCAGCAGUCCCGUGACGUGACCCACUUUCCACCUGAUUCCUGGUGACCUUGGGGAGGGGCGUGUCUCCGGGUAAGGGGCGGAGACCGGGCAGCCAGGUAGGCGUCCAGCUUCACCACCCGGGUCUUGGUGCCUGCUGUCCCAUCCCGGGAGGACGAAGGGGCCCAGCGGCCGCGUCUGUGAUGUUGCUUUGAGGCCCAGCGGAUUGUGAGGCCCCAGGUAGUGCGGUGCUGGGGUCCUGCCAGGGUCUGUCGCUGGCCUUGGGGCUUUUACGUCUCGUUGCCAGUCGGUUUUCACAGGGCUGGCCUGGUUGCAGGCUGCAGCGUGGAUGGCUUGGCAGGUGAGCAUGCCCCAGCUGGAGGACCGGCUGCAGUGCCCCAUCUGCCUGGAGGUCUUCAGGGAGCCCCUGAUGUUGCAGUGCGGCCACUCCUACUGCAAGGACUGCCUGCUGGCCCUGUCGCGCCACCUGGACUCGGAGCUGCGCUGCCCCGUGUGCCGCCAGCCGGCGGACUGCAGCAGCUCGCCGCCCAACGUCUCCCUGGCGCGGGUCAUCGAGGCCCUGCAGCUGCCCGAGGAGCCGGAGCCCAGCGUGUGCGCGCACCACCGCAACCCGCUCAGCCUCUUCUGCGAGCAGGACCAGGAGCUCAUCUGCGGCCUGUGUGGCCUGCUGGGCUCCCACCAGCACCACCGGGUCACGCCCGUCUCCACCGUCUACAGCCGCAUGAAGGAGAAUCUGGCAGCCCUCAUCUCCGACCUGAAGCAGGAGCAGAAGAAGGUGGAGGAGCACAUUGCCAAACUGGUGAACAACCGCACGCGGAUCGUCAACGAGUCGGACGUCUUCAGCUGGGUGAUCCGCCGUGAGUUCCAGGAGCUGCACCACCUGGUGGACGAGGAGAAGGCCCGCUGCCUGGGCGGCGUGGAAGCUCACACCCGGGGCCUGGUGGCCUCGCUGGACAUGCAGCUGGAGCAGGCCCAGGGCGCGCAGGAGCGGCUGGCGCAGGCCGAGCGCGUGCUGGAGCAGUUCGGCAACGAGAGCCACCACGAGUUCAUCCGGGUGAGUGGGCGGCGGCCACGCCCCUUCCCCGUAGCCCCCACUGCGGACUCGCACGGCCAGCCCCGGCCUCACCCGCGCCCUCCUGUCUUCCAGAACUACCACUCCCUGGCCUCCAGAGCGGAGCUGCAGCAGGCCCGGCCCCUGGACGGCGCGUUCAGCCCCAUCUCCUUCAAGCCAGGCCUCCACCAGGCCGACAUCAAACUGACCGUCUGGAAAAGGCUGUUCCGGAAGGUUCUGCCAGCCCCGGAGUCGCUGAAGCUGGACCCGGCCACCGCGCACCCACUCCUGGAGCUGUCCAAGGGCAACACGGUGGUGCAGUGCGGGCUCCUGGCCCAGCGGCGCGCCAGCCAGCCCGAGGGCUUCGACUACAGCGCCUGCGUCCUGGCCAGCCGGGGCUUCUCCUGCGGCCGCCACUACUGGGAGGUGGUGGUGGGCGGCAAGAGCGACUGGCGCCUGGGCGUCAUCAAGGCCACGGCCAGCCGUAAGGGCAAGCUGGGCAAGUCGCCGGAGCAGGGCGUGUGGCUGAUCGGCCUGAAGGAGGGCCGGCUGUAUGAGGCCUUCGCCAGCCCGCGGGUGCCCCUGCCUGUGGCAGGCCGCCCGCACCGCAUCGGCGUCUACCUGCACUAUGAGCAGGGGGAGCUCACCUUCUUCGACGCCGACCGGCCCGAUGACCUGCGGCCCCUCUACACGUUCCAGGCCGACUUCCAGGGCAAGCUCUACCCCAUCCUGGACACCUGCUGGCAUGAGAGGGCCAGCGACUCGCUGCCCAUGGUCCUGCCCCCACCCGGUGGGCCCGGCCCUCUGGGCCCCCCACAGCCCACCAAGCUGUAGGGCCGCCCGCCUGCAGGUCCAAGCCAGCUGCGUCCCAUCAGGCCCUACAGUGAUGCCUUUGCUCUCUGGGGAGGCCCCUGUGCCCGUCCGUGUGUCCCUCAGACUUUAACGACGGGCGCUGUGGUCUCUUCCCCAUCAGCCAGGGGCAUCUCUGUUGGCCCCUGGCGGGGUCAUCAGCGCCAGGCCUGGGCGGCCACUGGCCCUUUGCAGCCACGCUUUCCCCAUCCCACUGAGGGCUGAAGCGCCCUGGUCACCGUGAACCUGAAACCCCCCAAGGGCACUGCGUUGGCCCUGUUUCUCCAGGUGACCUGCAGGUUGCCCCUGCUGUGCCCACACGCUGCUCAGGCCGCACCUGGCGCCCACCACCUGCCCACCUGCCCACCUGUCCGUCUGCUGCACCUUCAGA